AGGAUGGAAGGAUGAGACUUGCACAUGCGCAGCGCAGGCAGAAUCUGCAGCGCAUACGGAUCAAUAUUGUUCCUAUGGCCGGUGCCAAGCAUCGCGAGACUCACCGCCAGCCUUCACUCGGGGUUACAGCUUUCGUCUGAGAUCCAUCUCAUUCGCUCAAUCACUGCUGGCAUCCUGAUACUGACAGCCUAACAGAGCCAAAGCAGCUGCUUGACCUCCACGCUCAUUGGCAGGAGGCCUUGUUGUUAUCCUUUCACCGCAUGGUCAGGAUUCAAAUCCGGGCCACACCCACCCUGACACGCAUCCCAUCUGGAACUUUAUCAAGAUUGGGCUCUGGAAAGCCUGGCUUCAGUCCUCGAAGCAGAUUCCGUGGGACCAUCGUCCGCAACAUGGCAACCACCAUCCACACUCCUCGUGACCCGAACACCCUUGCCAACUACAACAAUUGGCGGACCCUCCACACCUCCACUAGCUUGGACAUAUUGUUUGACGAACAGAAAUUGAAAGGCAGCGUCGUCCACAGCUUUGAAGCCAUCACAGAUGGAGACAGUGAUGAGAUCUUGCUCGACUCCAGCCAUGUCCAGAUACACAGCGUCAAGGCCGACGGCAAACCAGCCGAGUGGGAAUUGCUCAAACGGCUCGAGCCGUAUGGCAGUCCCCUAAAGAUUAAACUUGGGCGGAAGCCACAGUUGAAGGAGAAGAUUGACAUUGAAAUCAACCUAGAAACGACGUCCUCGUGCACCGCAUUGCAAUGGCUAACUCCGGCCCAAACCUCCAAUAAGAAGCAUCCGUACAUGUUUUCACAAUGUCAAGCCAUACACGCCCGAUCCAUCUUUCCGUGUCAGGACACCCCAGAUGUCAAAGCAACGUUCGACUUCCGGAUCAAGUCGCCCCUGCCGGUCAUUGCAUCCGGCAUUGGGGCGAAAGACAAUCCAUCGUCCCCGUCCCAAGAUGGAUCCUCUCAGCUCUAUACAUUCCACCAGAAGGUGCCUAUUCCCUCGUAUCUAUUUGCCCUUGCAAGCGGAGAUAUUGCCACCGCCCAUGUUGGUCCUCGAAGCCUCGUUGCUACCGGCCCCGACGAGCUCAAAGACUGCAAAUGGGAGCUGGAAGAGGAUACAGAGAAGUUCUUGCAAGCAGGCGAGUCGCUUGUCUACCCAUACGCAUGGGGUGAGUACAAUGUCCUGGUUCUCCCGCCGUCAUUCCCAUAUGGGGGUAUGGAAAACCCUGUCUACACAUUUGCCACACCCACAAUCAUCUCUGGAGAUCGUCAAAACGUCGACGUGAUCGCCCACGAAUUGUCGCACUCCUGGUCUGGGAACCUUGUCUCCAAUGCCUCAUGGGAACACUUCUGGCUGAACGAAGGCUGGACGACUUAUCUCGAACGGCGAAUCCAGGCCAUCGUGCAUGGCGGCGACCAGUGGCGCGAUUUCUCGGCGGUGAUAGGGUGGAAGGCGCUUGAGCAAUCUAUCAGUGAACAGUUUGGCGAGCAACACGAAUUCACCAAGCUUGUUAUCGACUUGAAGGGCAAGGAUCCCGACGACGCUUUCUCCAGCAUCCCGUAUGAGAAAGGAUUCAUCUUCCUGUACUACAUUGAGAAACUGAUCUCCAAGGAGCAAUUUGAUAAAUUUAUCCCGCACUACUUUGAGACGUGGCGGGGGAAAUCACUCGACAGCUAUGACUUUAAGCAGACCCUUCUCGACUUCUUCAAAUCCAACGACACCGUUUCGCAAAAGUUAGCCACCAUCGACUGGGAUUCCUGGUUCUACAAACCGGGCUACCCGCCCAAGCCUGACUUUGAUACGUCGCUCGUGGACCAAUGCUACCGGCUUGCGGACCAGUGGGAGAAAUUCACAAAGAACCCCAACCCCGAUUUUGGGCCCAGCAAAUUCGACAUCGAUGGCUGGCCGGCGAACCAGGUUGUCGUGUUUCUCGAGAAAUUGCUCACGUUUGCGGACAAAUUGCCGCAGCCGCACGUCAAUUACAUGGGCUUUAUCUACGACCUGAAAGAGACCAGAAACGUCGAGAUCUCGGCUCGAUACUACCAAGUCGCGAUGAAGGCCGGGGAUUGGACGAUCAAGGGAUUCGUCACGAAGCUCUUGGGGGAAGUGGGCCGGAUGAAGUUCGUGCGGCCGCUGUAUAAGGGGUUGAUGAAGAUGGAUUAUCAGCUGGCGGUGGAGACGUUUGAGAAGAACAAGGACUUUUAUCAUCCCAUCUGCCGCGGUCUCGUGGCCAAGGAUCUCUUUGGGAGUAAACAUGAGCAGAAGUAGGAUAUGUGAUGGCAGUUCUCGAUGGCUUUAGGGUACUGGAUCAGAAACGAGACUGUAAGUCCUCAUCAGCCCUUGAAGGAGGUGUAUGUGACGGUCUCUAUCAACUAUGUGUCCGGGUUUGUGGACCUUGUACAUAGGUACCAACCGCAGCAGGUCAAUUGUCGGUGUAUAUAGACAGUCCUCUUAUCUCGUCUCUUCUACUCCCCUUCGCCUUCGGCCCGCUCUUGUUGCAUACGGCAAAAGAGGAGGUAAAUCGACUCGGAGCUUACUUUGGGCUGAUCACCUCAGGGCUCACCCUCCUCUCUCACCUUCAACCCACCUCCUUCCUUACCCCUUUACCUUUACAACGUCUUUUGCCUAGAUGGUACUAAUCGUUCUGUGGCUAUAUCUGAACAUU